GUUUCAAUGCACCAGCGGUCAUUGUAUCAGCGGUAGCUCUCGCUGUGAUAGUGAUUAUAACUGCAUGGAUAGUUCUGACGAGGAUGGGUGCAAAUGCUUCACCAAUGAACUUACUUGUUCUUCCGGGCGAUGUGUCCCGUCAAUCAAUUUAUGUGACGGUGUCAAAGAUUGCGAGCAGGGUCUUGAUGAGCUAAGAUGCGGUGGCGGGUGUAUAAAGAGUCAGUUCUCGUGCCCUGAUGGCACGUGCGUUCCAUGGAGCUCCACAUGCAAUCAAUCAACAAAGGCACCCCAAUGCCAAGACGAAGCCGAUCUACUAGCCGUGUGCGGUUCCAGCGUAUGCCCACUGAAUUCACUCAAUUGCAAGGACAAACACAAGCAAAAAUCUCAAAGCGGUGAGAAGUGUCGUUUCUCCUUUAAAGGUCGAUGCAACUUUGACAGCGGUCUUUGUGGUCUGCGGCAUGACAACACUACGCGCAUGCGCUGGGACUUGGCGACUGGUAGAACUCCCAGUGGAGACACGGGUCCGUCAUUGGACCAUACUACGCAUUCUAACAAAGGCUUCUUUGUCUACAUCGAGGCGUCCCGCGUGGCUAUGGGAUCCAAGGCCUGGCUCUCGAGUGACUGGAUGGAUCCGGGGUCAGCGGUAUGCAUCCAGUUCUGGUAUCACAUGUAUGGAGAGCACGUGGGCUCACUUAGCGUACUCGCCUUCACUAGAACUAACCAACAGGUCGUGUGGCGCAUGGCAGGGAAUAUGGGAGACCGCUGGAUUUUUGGUCAAACUAUGAUAGAUAUCAAAGGCGAAUUCAAGUUUGUUAUUGAGGGCAUACGGGGUGACGGUAAUCUAGGUGAUAUUGCUAUUGAUGACCUCGCUUUGUUGGAGGGAAGAUGUAGCAUGGUUGAGCAGCAAAUGCCCGUCUCCUGCUCGUUUGAGAGUUUUUGUGGACGAUGGGACAUCGGUGAAGGCUGGCAGUUAUCAAGCAGUAAAAGUGCGAUUCCGCCACGUCCAAAUAAAAGUAGGUAUCUAUUCUUAAAGAGAAGGGCAUCUUCUCCCAGUCUGCUCCUCUCCCCAGUCUUCCCGGCCGGCAAGUGGCGCUGUUUAAGGUUCUGGUACUACAUUGGGCUCGGCAACACCGCCGAACUCCGCAUACGCAUGAGGCGUGAGGGUAAUGGGACCGAUGUCCAGCUUAGCACUACUAGUCGACGAACCAAGGAAUGGACUUAUGUGCAGUUAUCGAAGGAAAAGAUGGCACACACAAUACAGGUCAUAUUUGAAGCGUUCUCAACCGGUCCAGCGCUAGCAUUAGAUGACGUGUCAUUCCUAGAGACACAGUGUGAAGACAUGCCUUGGACACCUUAUGCGGAAUUUUUACCUCCUCUGCGUUCAAAAUGCAGCAAUAGUCUUGGAAUGCAGGACUUCAAAAUCCCCGACUCAGCAAUAACAGCCUCUACAAACACAAAAUACGCGCGUGGUGGCCGAUUGCACUUCGAGAGUUCGUGGCCGAUCUUAUUAACAGGUUCCCCUUUUCUACAAGUAGAUCUUGGUAGCGAGAAGUUCGUCACCAAGGUGUCCACCCAAGGAGAAACGUUUUAUGGUUAUUGGGUGACGAAGUACAAACUUAAGGCCCUGAAAGGCGGUUCAUGGUCAUGGUACCGAAAUUCAUUGGAUGAGAUACGGUACUUCGACGGAAACUAUGACAGCAAUACAGUGGUAUCGCACCAUUUGCUCCCGUCUGCACAAACUAGAUAUAUUCGAAUCUACCCUGUAAAAGUCAAUAGUGAUUACUAUGGGGGUCUCCGUGUCGACUUCUUCGGCUGCCCAAUCGACCUUGUGAUAAGUAACAAGACCGAAUGCGGUAUGCCUCUGGGUAUUCAAAACGGCAGAAUUACCGACGCGGCCAUCACAGCCUCCUCGUCCCAGGACACCGCUCAUCGCGCGCGGCUACAUACAGUCGGAGACCAUGGAAAACCUGGCGCUUGGGUUGCAGAAGUUGCCGAUUUAAACCAAUGGCUGCAGAUUAACUUUGGUGGAGUCGCUAUGGUAACACGCAUAGCAACACAGGCCAGAUUCGAGACGGAGGAUGGGUUGAGACGGCAAACACAGCACUGGGUGACAAGUUUUAAGGUGUCCUUCAGCCAGCUGGGAAGAGCUUACCAGUGGUAUAAAGUUAACAGUUCGAUCAUGGAAUUCCCUGGUAACAGUGACUACACUACCGUUGUGCACAAUGACGUGAAUCCACCAAUCAUAGGGUGGUACGUCAGACUCCACCCGGUCAAGUGGCACAUUCACCCCGCCAUGCGCGUGGAGAUGUAUGGCUGCCUAUCAGUCCCCAAGGGAAUCAGGGCAAUAGAAAAUCUUGGCUGCUUUAAAAGCAAAGGACCAAAUACCACCCUCCCCUCCCUUGAGAACAUCGACCCUGCCCUUCAGUGGAGUUACCAACAGCGAGCUGGCGCCAUUCUGCGCUGCGCUGAUGCUGCGUUCCGUCGCGGUUACGAAGUCUUCGGAAUCCAAGAUGGCGGCAAGUGUGUGGCGGGAGGCAUGUCUGACUAUGGCGGGAAUGGUGGCUCGAUUGAGUGUGCCGAUAAUGGGCGCGGUGCUAAUGGUGCUAACGAGGUGUAUAGAAUCGACAGGGAGUGUGCGUGGGGUCACGAGCUGUGCACGUGGACAUCGAAGGGCGGUAACGGCACUUGGGUGUUUGCUAAUGUGACGGAUAUAAGCGACGCUCCAAAAGGGGGCGAUGAUAAUGGCGUAGAAACAGCAAUUUUAUCCAGCCAAAAACAGUUCCAUACCCAACUGCCAAUCAACAUGACUGCUGCGAUCACUCUGUGUUACUGGGUCAUGUGUAACCCUUCGCGUCUUGAGGUUGCUAUGGAAACACAUGACGGCAAUACUGUAAUAGGCUUUACGCAGAGACACUGCGCACUUCAGCUCAAAGUUCUUGGAAAUAAGAUCUCCUACGAUAACUGUGUUUGCAAUAAAAUAUGGCGUCACGUGUGUGUCACGUGGAAGUCACAUGCCGGAGUCUGGGAGAUUUACCUUGAUGGGCAGGUCAUCGGUUUUGGUCGCUGGCUCAGUGCACGCUUAACAUUACCAGACACAACGCACUUCUCCAUAUUCCAUGAUGCAUUCAACUCGUCUUCGCCCACGAAACUGACCGGCCUGUCCGCAUGGGGUCACGUGAUCGUACCUGAAGAGAUAAUGCGUAUGUCUUAUGGGUGUGGUGACGUCAAGGGAGACAUUAUGAACUGGGGGAGUCUCUUUAAGCUUAUGAGAGGAUCGUAUCGGACAGAGAGACAAGCUGAUUGUAGGAUUGCAAAAGGAGGGAUGCUUCUAAACAUUUCUUCAACUGCUUCUGUUCUGUCCAGUCCGUGGUUUAACCGUUCUGGCUCAGAGUACGAGUCUUGCAUGAGAUUUCGUUACCUAGCAACGGGAAGAAGAACCGCCAGACUCGUCGUCUCGUUGAGAGUUGAGGGGGAUCCUAUGGGCGAGAGGCCGGUGUGGGGGGCAGGAGGAGAUGACGGAAGGGCGUGGCGGUACGGACAGGUAGUGAUCGGUACCGUCACUAGAUAUCAGGUCUCCUUUCAAGCGGCGUCCGUUGACCACUCGUCCAUGUUUGCAUUGGGGGGUGUCUGGUUUAGCUCUGGGUAUUGUGCAACCACGCCUCUAACAGCAGCUUCAGCAUGUAAUGAACACUUCACAGCGCCAUACGGCAACAUCACUUCUCCAAACUACCCCGGAUAUUACCCACGUGACACCAAAUGCGAGUGGCUGAUAACCGCCCCUGUCGACCACGUGAUCAGGAUUACAUUCCGGACAUUCCAAUUGCCUGAGCUACCACGCUGCGCAGGAGACUAUCUUGAGUUGCAUGACGGGAUACCUAGUGCUUCUCACAAAUCGUCGGUGAUUGGACGAUUUUGCGGCAAUUACUACCCACCUGUUGUUGAGUCGUCGGCUAAUCGGAUGGCUGUUGUUUUUAAAAGCAGCAGCAGCGCUGUUCCCGCAUCUGGAUUCUGGCUCUAUUACGAGGUUUUCGAAAACAAAGACGCAAAAUCCUGUUCUGGGAACACUGCUGAAUGCCCCGCCAGCUGCACGUGCUACCAGUCGUCAGGAAACAUUCCUCGCUUCGUGGUAGAGGGCAGAUUGUUAUCUGCUGUACCACAUGACAUCCCAGAAUACACCGCGGUAUUAUUACUGAAAGGCAAUCGCAUCAACGAAGUCAAGAAGUCUGACUUUGCCUCGCUCCCAUUAUUAGAAUACAUUGAUCUCAGCGCAAACAUCAUCCUUCGCCUUCAGGAUGGGGCAUUUUCUAAUCUUCCCUCCAUCAAGGAUAUUAAGCUGUCCUCCAACUUUAUACAAAAGCUGAGGUACCAAGUAUUCAAAGGCCUUUCAUCCAUAGAAACAUUGGAUGUAUCUAGUAACAUUCUUGACGAUAUUGGACCAGAAACUUUCAGUUCAAUGAGCAACCUGAGAGUUUUGAGUCUGAGAGGGAACAACAUUACGUCGUUAGAGGGCUUGUUUCAGAACUGCACUAAUCUAACGCAUCUCUACCUUCAAGAUAACAAAAUUGAACAGAUUCCAGACGGGGUAUUCAACUCACUUCAAAGCCUACGAGUUCUAUAUCUAAACAACAACAAAAUCAAGAGAAUCAGCCAAGACUCAUUUCUUGGGCUGGUGUCUCUGCAAACACUAUAUUUGCGUAGCAACAAGAUUUCAGCAAUCACAGAUGACUCGUUUAGAAGUAUGGCUCGCCUUCGUCAUUUGACACUUGACCACUUCACUCUUUGCUGCUACGCCUCGAUAGCUCUUCCUAACGUCGACUGCAAAGCACCUAAUGACGAGUUUUCAAGCUGUGACGACCUGAUGAAAGACAAGACCCUCCAAGUCUGCAUCUGGGUGCUUGGCAUCUCUGCGUUUUUUGGGAAUAUAUUCGUUGUGGCGUACCGUGUAGUCGUCCGUGAAGAUAAUCGGGUUCAAUCCCUUCUAUUGACGAACCUCGCUAUCUCUGACUUCCUGAUGGGUCUCUACUUGCUUAUAAUUGCCUUUAAAGAUGUGCAGUGGCAAGGAGAGUACUUCAAGCACGAUCUGAGUUGGCGAGUCAGUGGAUUGUGUCAGCUAGCAGGGGCGCUCUCAAUGAUCUCAAGCGAAGUCUCCGUGCUUAUGCUGACAAUGAUCACUUUAGACAGAUUCAUAUGUAUUGUGUUCCCUAUGAGGUUUGACAGACUUGGCUUUAAGAAAGCUAUUUCAAUAUGUAUUCUUCUGUGGACAUUUGGAACGCUCAUUUCAGUUGUGCCAACUCUGGGCAUUGAAUAUUUUCACGACAAGCAAUUGGAUAUUGGAUUCUAUGGCCGCUCCUCUGUUUGUCUUCCUCUUCAGCUUAGCUCAGACCGCCCGGCUGGAUGGGAGUACUCUGUCUCUUUCUUUAUUGGGCUAAAUCUUAUCGCCUUCAUGUUUAUACUGGUCGCUUACAUCGCCAUGUUUUGGACAGUGCGAAAGUCUUCAGCAGCGGUAGGAUCCAGGAACGCUAAGAAGGAGGCUGCUUUGGCAAGGAAGUUGAUGGCUAUCAUUUUGACUGACUUUUGUUGCUGGAUGCCUGUGAUUCUCAUUGGGAUACUGUCGCUUACUGGGAACUUUCAUGACCCGCAAAAAUUGGCAUACGUUUGGAUAGCGGUGUUUGUUUUGCCCGUAAACUCAAGCAUCAACCCCAUAUUGUACACUUUUUCUGGGCAUGUGAAUAAACUGGUGAUGCAGUACAGCCGAAGCAUGUGGGGAUUUUUACAGAAGAAGGUGGCAUCAACAGACUCCGUUCAAGCCAGCCCCGGUCACAGUCGUCGGAAGGCCAACAAAAAACAUGUCAUUGCACAAAAGGUGUCCUCAAUAGGCUCCUUAACGACACUAAAGAUCACCGAAAGAGCAGAGAUUUUACCGGAAACCGGCAACGGGGUGGGAUACAUCAAAUGCUUGGUGGCGGGCGCGACGAAGGAGCAACUGCUAAAGGUGUUUCCAGGGCACCAUUCGAAAGAAUUCAAACGAGAGGUAGCAGUGUUGAAGGAAAUAAACUCUGUUCAAGACCACGAUAAUCUGCUCAACUAUCGCUGGCACCAGAAAGGUGAAUCUCUUGUUUUCGACAUGGGCGAUGCAAAAGGGAUUAACUUGAACUCUAACUACAGGGUAAUCUGCUUUGAUUACACCCCAUCCAUGUCAACCUUGAGGGCCUUUCUCCGUGAGGCUGAUUUCACAGUUAGCCUAGAGAUUCUUCUAGCAAUCUUUAUAGACGCACUGCAGGGUGUCGAGCAACUUCACAAGCAUGGCGUCGCCCAUGGCAACAUCAAUCAAGACACUGUGCUUGUCUGUCAGGCGAGAAGGACUUCUUCCAUCAAAGUAUGUAUCGGAGGUUACGAAACCGCCAGGAUUAUCUCCAGAAGAGGUACAGAAGCUUAUCGGAAAGACGUCCGUCAACUUGGAAAGCUUCAACAACUGACUCUGCAAAGCUGUGGGUACGACAAAGAAAUAAGUGCACAGAUACGAGAGGUGAUUGACAUGUGCUACUGGGAUGCGACCAAUUGGAAGCUCAGAGUCUCGGAAAUACGACAACAGCUAGAGCAGGCGUGGAUCUCAACCAACAAUUGGGAUACCCGUGUUUAGAGUGAGCCAGCACAGCAUGUCAAGAUACGUCACAGAUAGAGCAUGCGCGAAGCGCCUUUAAAAUAUCUUGUAGUAUAGAACAUUUCAUGUACUCUGGCAACUAUCAAUCAAACGGAGAAAACGAAGUUGGCCUAGAUACAAAUACCUGAUGCGAAUUGGUAUUAGCGGAGAACUUAAAGCACUUGAAUCACAUGUAUAUAUCAUUUAUUGCUGUAAGAUUUUGUAUAAAGCAUUAUCCCAGUUAAUUAGGCGUUAACCAGAUCCAGACUAGAAUACGCAUCUGUAGCAUUUGCUAGCCUGCCUAAGUACAUCAACUAAAUGUUAGAAAACGUCCAUAACAGGGCACUUGGGAUAGUGUGGACGCAUAUUCCUUUCACAGAUGCAGUAGAAUGGGAGUUAGGCGCAAAAACAAGUGCAUCUUUUCCUAGAUACAUGAUCGUGUUGUCAAGAAUUGCUGUGCGAUGUCAUCAAGACCCAGUACAUCUACUUCUAAGUUGCCAACUUGCACGAAUAGGUUAUCUGACUUUGUAACGGUCAAGUUUAAGCGGAAUCGGUAGUUUAUUACGAAUGUAUAUUACAAUUGUAGUUUUUUUUUGUAUUUCUUAGUGUCAUUGUACGUGUCUAGCCUACAAUUCAAGCUUUAAGGUCGCUAUAGGCUGAGAUACACCAUAUAUCUAUCCAUCUCUUUAUCUACCUAUCUAUCCAUCUAUCUAUCCAUCUAUAUUCAA